AUGUCUCAAUUAAACACCGGGGCGCUGGCUAGCCCUCAAACUCACGAUGAUGACUUCUGGACUGCCGACCUGGACCGCUUCGACGUUGAUCUAUAUAUUGCGGAGCUUGAAGACAAGCAGUUAUGGCACCAAACAUGUCUUGGACGGAUUACCGCCCACGAAAGCGAGUUGAAUCUUCUUGGUAACUCAAUACCUACUGCGGUUUUCACUACUGAUAUUAUUUUGACUAAUGGAAUCUCAGCUAUACAAGGUACAUUCCUCAAUGACAACGACAUAAUGAAGUUGGGCCCAUCGAGCAAAAAGGAAGACGAAGGACAGCUACCCGCCGAGGAAUACGGUUUGCUUCGCAUUAGCCCUGAUGCCCUCAGGCACCUUGCGUCAACGUACCACGUCCCGAGUGCCUUUCUUGCGGCCAUCUCUCGUGAGCGUCCUGAGUUCGGAUCGAGCUUCCGACGCCAGUCCAAGCACGAGUGGAAUUAUUGGUGUGUGCUCCCCUGUAGAGCGUCAGAGCAGAUGGACCCAUUCAGCGAUAUCUAUUUCGAGAGCCAAGGGGCGAGGAUCCAAGGUCACACGGUUGCGCUUUACAUAAAUCGGGACAGCGGAACCAGGAAGUUGCGGGUCUUUGUUGUAGACAGAGUCAAACAAGAGCGGGGGUUGCGGGCUCAAGAGCCUCUAGUCCAAAUUCAGAAGGGCCUCGAGCGAAGAUCCAGCAUGGACCUAGACGGCAGUCCAUGCUUCGCACUUCUCGUUUAUAUCAGUUGCAUACUACGAUGGUGGGAUGUUGUGUUGAUGGAUUUCGACAACGAACUGAUCAGCCACGAAAGAACGAUCCAAAAAGACAUUGCGAAUGCGACUGAAGAAUUUGUCAACACCAGUAAAGUUCUCAAUGCGACCCUCCACGCUAUGGCUGCCCACCUUUACCGUUACAAGACCGAGCUCAAACGUGUUGAAAUGGUCCUCUCUGAUCUUCGCAAGUACCGCAAGGAGAUGACAUACACACCGAAGCCAAAACGGAGGGAUGGAGAAGAAAGGAAGCAAGAAGAAGAAAAAGAGGAGGGCGAGGAUGAAUUCCCGCCAAUAGAUCGAGAACUGGAGAAAAUUGGGCAGCUAGCGUCACAGUUAACGGUAAUAUCCAGCAUGGCAGACGAGAUGGAGAAGAAGGUCCAGAAUAUCUUGGCCCUGUUGUUCAACCAAAUCCAAGCAAUCAACGACAAGACUUUGCAGGCUAUUCUCAGCGCAUCACAGCAAGAGACGCGGAUAUCGCAAAGACUAUCCUUGGCCUCUCACAUGCUGUCAAGGAGUAUGAAGAGAGACAGCAUCGCCAUGAAGACAGUACCACAUUCGCGGUAUGGAAACCUGUCUUUACUCGUAAUGUCGUCUUGGGAACUAAUUAAAGAGACUUUAGGCCAUAUUCGCGAUGCCAUUCUUCACUGA